UGGUCUUGUAUGCUCUAUACCCCCUUUCCAUUUUCGUUAAUUGUUUCUCCUUAUUCCCCGUCCUGUUCCUCACUUUAAUUACACACAUUGUCAGACGUGUUCUCCAUCCAUGCUGCGCCGCCGCCCGGCCAAGGACGGCCAAGUCCCCUCGUCCGCACCCUCGGAUCCAAACAGCAGCUCGUCCUCCUCGAACACCGUCACUCAAACCGUUGAAAAGAAGAAGGGUGACUCCUUUCUCACCAAGCCCCGCAGCAAACGGCGCAACAGUCUGAUCUUCCUGCUGGGUGGGCUGUUCGGAAUCCUGUUCGCCCUCUUCUUCGCCAGCCAGCAGGAUGUGAUUAGCUUGGACUCGUUACUGGACCUGAACCUGGACACUUUGAUGGAAGCCAUUCCCCAGGGGAUUGUAUGGGAUGCGCGGGAAUUCACGCAACAUGAACGCGACGCCGUCAACUACGACCCUUUCUCCGUCGGGCUCCUACUCUCAGAACAGGGCAUCAAGGCCAAACACCCCAUCGUCAUGAUCCCCGGCGUGAUCUCCACCGGCCUCGAGAGCUGGGGCACCGGCGACGCCUCGCGGCAGUACUUCCGCCGCCGGCUCUGGGGCAGCUGGACGAUGAUGCGCGCGCUGGUCCUCGACAAGGCGGAAUGGAAGAACCACGUCAUGCUGGACAAGAAAUCAGGACUCGAUCCCCCGGGGGUGAAGCUGCGGGCAGCGCAGGGGUUCGACGCGACGGAUUUCUUCAUCACGGGCUACUGGAUCUGGAGCAAGAUCCUCGAGAACCUCGCGACCAUCGGCUACGACCCCACCAACGCCUUCACAGCCGCCUACGACUGGCGGCUAUCGUACCCGAACCUCGAAACCCGCGACCAGUACUUCAGCCGCCUCAAGUCCUACAUCGAGACCGCCGUGCGCGUCAACGGCGAAAAGGUCACCCUCACCUCGCACAGCAUGGGCUCGCAGGUCGUCAUGUACUUCUUCAAGUGGGUCGAGCACCCAGACCACGGCCAGGGCGGCAAAGACUGGGUCAACAAGCACAUCGCCUCCUGGGUCAACAUCAGCGGCUGCAUGCUCGGCGCCGUCAAGGGCCUCACAGCCGUCCUAUCCGGCGAGAUGCGCGACACCGCCCAACUAAACGCCUUCGCCGUCUACGGCCUCGAGAAGUUCCUCUCCAAAGAAGAGCGCGCCGAGAUCUUCCGCGCCAUGCCCGGCAUCUCCAGCAUGCUGCCCAAAGGCGGCGAAGCCGUCUGGGGCAACUCAACCUGGGCACCCGACGACCAACCAGGCCAGCCCCUCACCUUCGGCAACCUGCUCAACUUCCGCGAAAGCAACUCCUCCUUCACAGCCAAGAACCUGACCACGCCCGAAAGCCUCGCCUACCUCAUGGACCAAAGCGAGGACUGGUACCGCGAGCAAGUCCAAAACAGCUACUCGCACGGUGUCGCCCACACCACCCGCGAGAUCGAAGCCAACGAGAACGACCCGCGCACAUGGCUCAACCCGCUCGAAGCGCGCCUGCCCCUCGCGCCAGACAUGAAAAUCUACUGCUUCUACGGCGUCGGCAAGCCCACCGAGCGCAGCUACUUCUACCAGGAAGAGCGCGACCCGCUCGUCAACAUGAACGUCAGCAUCGACACGACCGUGUCCGUCCCCGACGGCGUCGACCGCGGCGUCGUCAUGGGCGAGGGCGACGGCACCGUCAACCUCAUCAGCACGGGCUACAUGUGCGCCAAGGGGUGGCACAUGAAGCGGUAUAAUCCGGCCGGUGUCAAGGUGAAGGUCUUUGAGAUGCCGCAUGAGCCGGAUAGGUUUUCGCCUCGUGGUGGGCCUAAUACUGGCGACCACGUCGACAUCCUCGGCCGCGCCAGCCUCAACGACCUCGUCCUGCGCGUCGCAGGCGGCCAAGGCGACGAUAUCGAGGAGACCUUUGUCUCGAGGAUUAAGGAGUAUGCUGACCGGGUGCAGAUUUUCGAGUAGACAGGUAGAUAGACAGGCAUAUAUCUAGUCUCGUCAUCGAUCUAUCUACCUAUCUACCUAUCUACCUAUCUAGCAAUGGCUUUGAUGGGUGGUAGGUAUCCUUUGAGGGGGAGAGGGGUGCUUGGGCUCCUUGUAUGUAUGUACGUAUGUAAUUACUUAUUGAUUAAUGACGAAUAGAG